UUUUCGCGGAAUAGCAUCACGCGCUAGUCAACGUGAGCAAACCGUUUGUUCGCUGCAUUCAGUAGUAUUUCAGAAGUUUAAGGUUAAUCUUAUACACCACAAUUCACCGCCACGAGAAAUACGCUGGGAGAGAACAAACAUUACACUGUCGGGAAAGUUUGAGAAGCUGGGAAAAGUGAAGCGCUGCUGCGGUUGGAUGUACUUUUUUUUUUUUUUUUUUUUUUUGGCUAAAACUGUCGGCUAGCCUGGGUUUAAGAAGACUCCGCAAGAUCGUCAGGAAGGAAAACGAUUUGCCACUAAAGCUACACUGAUCAAGAUUUGUGUAAAUUUCAUCAUCUCCUGUAAAUAUCAUACACCAUUCCAUUAGCAGUAUUGGUGAGAAGUGGCAAAUCAUGGGUUGCUAGAAUUUACGAGAUUACCAAAAUGUUUUCAAUCGAAGGACUCCCUAUACAAGGAUCCAAUGUUACAGUUCUGAUAACCAGGGUCAACUUGCAUCCCCUUUGUGUGCUUGUGGAGUUUUGGGGAAAAUUUUCUGAGCGGAGGACAGAAGAUUAUGAGCGCCUAGCUAAAGAUAUUCAGUCUCCUGGAAAUGCAUUUCAAAACUUGGAAGGAAGUCCUGGUGACCAAUGCAUUGUUCAGAUAGAUGAUACUUGGUACAGAUCCCGCAUAGUUUCAAGAAAUGGCCUCGAGUACAGUGUCUUCCUUAUUGACAAAGGUAUGACAUAUGUCACCACAGCUAGUAACCUGGCAUGGGGUAAGAAAGAGCAUUUUCAGCUGCCCUCUGAAGUGGAGUUUUGCCUGCUAGCCAAUGUGCUACCACUCUCACAGGAGAACAAAUGGUCUCCAGUGGCUCUUGAAUUUUUGAGAACUCUCUGUGGGAAAACUUUGACGGCACAUGUGCAAGGUGUACUGUUGACUCACAGAAUAUGUAUCCUGCACAUCCCUGACAUAUCCAAGCAAAUGUAUGAAAUGGGAUUUUCCAAGAUCCCGUCUCCAGACCUGUUCCAGGAAUUUGUGCUUAAGUCACUUCAGUCUCACAGUAGAACUGAAAUAUCUCCAGAGGUCCAGCAGGUCUGCAGGGAAACAGCUGAACGACUGCAUAAGCAAGAGCUUUUCAUGUACCCGGAGCUGCCAGAAGGAACUGUGGAGACUGUCAUCGUGACAGAGGUGACAAAUCCACAGCGAAUUUUUUGCCAGUUGAAGGUCUUCUCACAAGAGUUGAAGAAACUUUCAGUGCAAAUCACAAAGACCUGUGAAAGCAGUAAAUCCAACUGCAUCAUUUCCCAAGAAAUGAUUGGAUUUCCAUGUGCUGCAAAAGCAAGUGACGGAAAGUGGUACCGCUCUGUUCUCCAACAGGUUUUCCCAGCCAAUAAAGUGGUGGAAGUGUUGAAUGUUGACUUUGGGUCAAAACAGUUUGUUCAAAUGGAUAAUGUAAGACCGCUGACUGCAGAGUUCUUCAGGAUGCCAGUUGUCACUUACGUCUGCUCCCUCCAUGGAAUCACUGAUAAAGGGAUUGGAUGGACAACCACACAGAUUGACUAUCUCAGGUCCCUCCUCCUGUACAAGACCUUGAUUGCUAGAUUUGAGUACCAAAGCAUCUCUGAGGGUGUUCACUAUGUCACCCUGUAUGGGGAUAAUGACACAAAUAUGAACAACUUGUUUGGUUCCAAGGAGAGCAGUUUGCUGCAGUGUGAGAAAACCCUUGGAGAUUAUGCCAUCCGUACCGCUGCGAACAACCGCCAACAUCCAGCCCAAGAGGAAGAAAAGACGUUAACUCCUGGACUGGCUAUAAAAGAAGUAGAGAAGUUGCCUGCUGAAGAACUUGCUUUAAACUCCUCACACGUGGCAGUUGUUCAGCAUGCAUCCAAUCCAUCACAGUUUUGCACAAGUUGGAUGGCUGAGAUACAGACAAAACCCAAAGCCAAAAAUACCUUACAAACUGCCAUUGUAAGUAAAGCCCAACAUCCAGAUGCCAAACUGCCAGGUGUAUGUAGGAAUAGUGGAAUAAUUUCCCAAACCCAAACCACGACUGACUUUGUCAGCAAAGAGAGAAGAGUUGCUACCUUUAAGGAGUAUAUGUUUCAGAUUGGGAGUGUCUUUGACGUCAGUGUGUCCUACAUUGACAGCCCAAAUGACUUCUGGUGCCAACUGGUACAAAAUGCAGGGCAUUUGAAAUUGCUUAUGCAUGACAUACAGGCUCAUUAUGCAGGCAGCGAGUUUCAGCCUCAUGUAGAAACCGCUUGCAUUGCUCGUCACCCUCAGAAUGGAAUGUGGUACAGGGCACUUGCGUUUCACAAACAUGAAACACCUCAUGUGGACGUGUUGUUUGUAGACUACGGCCAGACAGAGACGGUCUCGCUCUAUGACCUGAGGCGGAUCAGUCCAGAAUUCCUGACUCUGCAUGGUCAAGCCUUUCGAUGCAGUCUGCUAAACCCCCUUGACCCUGCAUGUGCCAUACAUGAGUGGAAUAAAGAAGCAGUAGCAAGGUUUGAAAAGUUUGUGGAAACUGCUGCAUCCGACUUAAUGAUUUUGAAGUGCACUGUCUAUGCUGUCAUGUACAGUGAGCAGAAAAUAGUUUUCAACAUUGUGGACCUGGAAACUCCCUUUGAGAGUAUUUCCACCAGUAUGGCCGAUCUGGUCAAAAGUUCACCUCCAGAGAAAGCUGCUCGCCCGUCUUUCUGCAUGAACACACAUUAUUACUCGACACAUAACAUCAAAAUAGGGACAGAGGAAGAGGUGACAGUGACAUAUGUGAACAAUGCCAAUCAGUUCUACUGCCAGCUUGAGAGGAACACAGAUGUGAUAAAAGAUCUCAAGAUGAAAGUGAACACUCUCUGCCAACAGCUGGAGAAUGUAAAGAUUCCACCCGUCUUUGGAACAUUGUGCUUUGCAAAAUACACUGAUGGGCAGUGGUACAGGGGUCAAAUCAAGGCCACAAAGCCAGCAAUUCUCGUUCACUUUGUAGAUUAUGGUGACACUAUUGAGGUGAACAAAUCUGACUUGCUACCAGUUCCCAGGGAGGCAAAUGACAUAAUGACUGUGCCUGUGCAAGCUGUGGUGUGUGGUCUCUCUGACGUCCCUGCAAAGGUUCCGAGUGAGGCGAACCGUUGGUUUGAGACAACCGUGACGGAAUGCAAAUUCCGGGCGCUAGUGGUGGCCAAAGAACCUGAUGGUAAAUUGGUGGUUGAACUGUAUCACAGAAACACUCAGAUCAAUGCAAAGAUGAAGGAAAUGUUUCAGAUUGUGGUGCGUCAAAAGCAGGCUGUCUACCAAGGUCGUAAACCACUUGAGACUUCUGCAAAUAAUGCACCAAGGAGAACAAAUACCGAUCCACAACAACCCAUAGAUAUGAAAGGUCAUUCACAACCCCUAAAGCAAAAUCAUUCCUUUGCUCCAAAGUCUUUGCAUAGUGUUUCUGAAAACGAUCAGAAGGCCAGAACUGAUCCACAAGAAUUGUACAGACCUCCAAAGCAAAGACAGUCAUGUGCAAGAACUCCAAGUAAUGAUUCUGUGCAGACUGGUGUCCAUUUCAAACCAAGACAAAAAGAUGUCUCCAAUGGUCGAGAUCAAGUCCACAUGAAGUCCACAUCUCUUGGCACAGAAACUCAGAAGGAAAUUGAUACUGAACGGCUCCCAAAACUUUCAGACCUGCCCUCAAGAUCUAUUAUGCCUGGUAUGGCGGCCGAUGUUUACAUCUCACACUUCAACAGCCCAUUGAGUUUUUACGUGCAGUUUGUCAGAGAAGAGGAUGAAAUAUUUUCCCUCGUAGAACAACUCAAUGGUACCAAAUCAAUCCCCAAAACCAAUGUUGUGAAAGAGGUGCACCCUGGCGACCUUGUUCAGGUAGUGUUUGCAGAGGAUUCAUCGUGGUACAGAGCUGUUGUAAAAGAAAUCCAUGACAACACUAUGGCUCUGAUUGAGUUUGUUGAUUUUGGAAACACAGCUGUGACCCCAAUUUCCAAAAUAGGCAGACUCCAACAGUCCUUUUUGGAAUUACCCAUUUACAGCACACACUGUAUGCUGAGUGAUGCUGCAGCAAUUGGAAAAGAGGGAGUGCUUGAUCCAGAAGUGGUAUUGGCUAUCAAAGAAGACCUCGGUGGCAGUGAAGAAAAAGUGUUCAAAUGUCAGUUCAUCAGGCAGAUGGAGUCUGUGUGGGAAGUCCUUCUUGAACUCAAUGGAGUGGCUGUUGUGUGUAAAGUGCCUUCUGGAUGUUCACCUGACAUCACCUCAAAGAUGCUUGAAGAAGUGAAGGAAGAUCCCCACUCUCUGUGUUACAGACAACAAGAGUCUUUCGAAGGUCAGCAGUUGGAGGUAUACAUCUCAACCCUAAAUGAUGAUCAGACCUUUUGGUGUCAGUCUGCUAAUACGGACAAACUUGACAAGAUAACAUUAAGUGUCGCUGAAGUUGGGGAUGCUGCAGAUCACAAACACGUUGACCCUGGUACUCUUUUCCCUGGCAGCCCAUGCAUUGCUCUCUUUUCAGACGAUCAGCUUUGGUACCGAGCAGAGGUCAUUGACAAAAAUGGAGACGAGCUGUCAGUUCUCUAUGUGGACUAUGGAAACAAGUCCCAAGUCAACAUUACCAACGUGAGAGACGUGCCCCCGCCCUUAAAAGCCAUUCCGCGACAGUCAUUUUUGUGUGAGCUUGAUGGCUUUGAUUCUUCAUGUGGAUCCUGGGACAGUGGUGCAGCAGAUGAAUUGUCCUCACUUACAGCAGACAAGUUAUUACAGCUGACUAUCACUAAAGUAACAAAAACAGAAGGAAAAGUCAAAUGGAUUGUGCAGUUGGAAUGUGAAGGCCAGGUGAUAAAUGAGGCAAUGAAAACCUGGUGGAAGUGCCUCACAGCAGAAGACAAGUCGGCUACAUUUGGACUGACUGCUUCAACGCAGUGUGAUUCAAAUGAGGUUGCACUACCAGAGGAUAAACAAGAACAUCCCAAUAUCCAAGAAGUAGUAGAGGCAGAUUUCCCUGUGUCUUACGCUCAUCUAGAGAGAGUCUGCAGUGAAGAGCAUAGUGCUGUUGAAGCUGAUCCGCACGGCACAGAUGAGGACCCAAAAUUAGCAAGUAGUACAAAUAACAGCAUAUGCUCUGAAGAUCCUCUAUAUACUGAUGCUGGCCCAGAUUCUCCUUUGGAUGAGAACUUUAUAAAGACCACGGAUGAGGCAGAAACUGACAACAAGGCUCUACCUGGAACAAUGAAUACCUCUAACAACAUCAGAAAUGAUUCUGAUCCGGAUAAGGGAAGGGAUGAGAGAAAAGUUGCUGUUGCUUCUGUGACCUGUAGGAAAGCUGUUAAAAUGGUCCCCCGCAAGGCUUUUAGUCCUAAAGACAGGGCUGAUCUUCAUGAAACAUCUGAUACAGCAUUUAAAGUCUCAGAACAGGCUGAAACGGUGCUGUCAUCCUUUGUUCUUCUUGUACAACAGUGCGAGGCCCCCACAGAGCAGGAGAUUGGAGAUGGUGUCACACAGGACGAGAUGUACUGUGUUACCACAGUUGAGAAUGACUCGAGAGAAGACAAUACCACAGAUCCCUUCCAGGAUACCUGCACAGCCCUGCCAGAAGACACUCAGACAGCCGCCACUGAGCCACUCACCUGUGCAGUUCUCUCUCCAGAAACGGAUGAUGAUGUUGGAGAAGUGACCUGUCCUGUUGAAGAGACCUGCUCGACUGAUGUCUGCACAGAUCCAAAAGAGCUAAGUGAUGAGGAUGAAGUGGCUAGUGCAAGGGAAGAUGUUCAGAACAGUGGGACAACAGAGGAAAUGGUUUCUCAAGAAGAUGCUGAUCCUCAGACAAAAGAUGAGCUGUGUCACACAUUAUUAGAUGAGGUCCAGAAUGAUUCACUUGAAUCUCCUUCACUGAACGUAGGGGCAAUUGGAGAUGUUGCCCCACUGAAUGAGAUGCCAUGCGUUUCCAUUCCUGACACGGAUAGCUUGAUGCCUGAAGAUGAGAUCUCCUCUCUUCAUGAGGACAGUCUUUCUGACCUGCCAUCUGAUAAAGAGCUGCCUUCUCCAGACUUGAGUAACCUGGUUGAAGAGGUAACCUGUCGUGUUGGAGAGAUCAGUUCGACUGAUGCCUCUCAAGACCGCCCACAAGAAGCUGAUGCAGUGGCAGUUGACAAUCAGCAGCAGGUUCAUACUCCUCUACAACCAAACAAAGAUUUUGACGAUGUUGUUCUGAUGGAAGACAUGUCCUCUAUUGCUGACGACAGUUUUGAGGCACAGUUAUCAGAUGUAACUCAUCUCUCUCUGCUUAUCAGCGAGAUUUCUGCUGCAAAUGUGGCUGCUGAGCAGCAGCCUGAGGAGUAACAACUGUAUGGUUCCUUUUCAUGACUGAUGUUUAUCUGCUGCGUAUGGUUUACCUUCUCUCAAACAUUUUUGGUUCACUUAUCUGUUGGUUCUGAGUGCUCAGCACAAGUCUCGAUUUGUUGAUCUGACCCAGCGGUUCCUUCCUUCUUUAAGAUGAUCUGCGGUUUGUUCUGUUUCCAGUGUUGGUUCUUGGUAUCCAGGUGUUUCCCCAGUGUUGCUACAUUUGAUCUGUUCUGAUAAACUGCCUCACAUUUCUUUUGGAGUUUUGAAUCUUCUGUUUACAGUCUAAAUAUUGAUUGCAGUAACUGUAGAGUGAAAUGCAUGAAUGUUUUCUGUAUUUGUUACAAUUAUUUGCAUGCAGUGUGUUUCUGUUGGCAAAAUAAAUAUCAGUA